AAAUCCAAUCCCAUGUCUCCGAGGGCGACAAUGAAAAAUCUGGUGCUGGCAUUAUAUGAUAUUAUUGAAUUUCAUUAUAUGUUCUCCUCGUGACCUGCCCAUCCUGUCUGCAGGAGGGGCUGCUGACGCGGGCGGGCAGCAGCAGGGUUGGGCUGGAAUGACAAUAAAAGGUGGAUGGAGUCCUCAUUUCAUCCGAACCACUGAGUGCUGCAAACACCGAGCAACUUCUGCUGCUGACUUCAGAGAGAAACAGACGUUGUGUAAAAGUCAUAUAACAAAGAUGCAGAAGUGCUUUGGGAUUUUUUGUGUGUCGCUCAUCUUUUGCGCAACUCUCUCUGAGACCAUCGGGUUGGUCAUUGCGGCGAAGGAGAAGCGUGGUUGGACUCUGAACAGCGCUGGCUACCUGUUAGGUCCCCGUCGUAUUGAUCACCUAAUUCAGAUAAAGGAUUCUCCCAGUGCCAGAGGCAGAGACGAGCUGGUCACUCAAUAUGGCAUAGAUGGACACAGGACACUAGGAGACAAGCCUGGUCUGGCUGGCAAGAGAGACAUGGGCCAGGAGGAGGACUUCAGAACAGGUGCCCUGAGAAUAGCAGAUGAAGACAUCAUACACACCAUCAUUGACUUCCUGUCGUACCUCAAACUUAAAGAGAUGGGAGCCUUGGACAGCCUGCCUUCCUCUGUGACAUCAGAUGAACUGGCCAAUCCCUAAUGUGUCUGCCUCUCUGCUGUUCUUCUCCCUCUACCCCCCAGUCUAUGUUUCUGCUGUGUGGGCUCCUGCUGCCCUAAAUGUCACCUUACUGUAGCUCAAUUCACAUUCUGACUCUGGAUUUGUCAUGGUACCAAAGAUCUGAUUUUUUAACUCUUUGUGACAGGGAUUGAUUGUCCCUCAAUAUAAAUAUCAGAUCUUUGUGCUCCUGUGUAAAUAAAACUUUACAUCCACUGAAAGUCACUGGGACUCGGGGUGAGAGUCUACUGACUGUAGGUGGUUCUAUUAGGGACCUCUGUUCAGAAUCCCCCACACUGCAUUAUCAUCUUAAUAUAUUACCACCUGAUUUAAGAGAAUGGAGUGAAAUAAACAAACA